AUGGACGUGAAGCUUCAAAAAGACUCUGCUGGUGCAGGUGAUGGCACAGCUGGUGUCUCUUCCGACGUACAACCAGCGCCAGAGCCUUCGUUCGGCGAGUUGUUGCAAGCGCAACAAGUCCAGACCGUUGAUGUCCACGACUCAUCAGCUCAAGCUCGCGCUGGGGAUGACGCCACAAACUCUGUCUUCGCUAGGCGCAGAGUCAGCGCUCCCACUGGCACUUCACUCGGAACAGUACUCACUCAGGCACUGAAGACCAGCGACAAAGAUCUUCUGGAGAGCUGCUUUCGCGUCACUGACGUAUCCAGCAUACGAUCUACCGUUGAGCGAUUGCAGCCGCAAUAUGCAGCCACUUUGUUGCAACGCCUCGCAGAGCGUAUCUUUCGCGCUCCUGGCCGGACUGGCCCCCUGAUGGUGUGGAUACAAUGGGCACUCGUGACUCACGGCGGCUACCUGGCCACACAACCGGACACAAUGUUGCAGCUUAGAGCACUUGGACGGGUCGUUCGGGAGCGCGCCAGCGGUCUGCAGCCGCUUCUGCACCUCAAGGGCAAGCUCGACCUACUCAGCGCGCAGCUGGAUUACCGGCGGCAAAUGCAAGCUACAGCCCGAGCUGUACACGCCGAGGACGAAGACGACGAGGCCGCGGUGGAGUACGUGGAAGGGCGCGAUGAUGACGAUGGCGACUUCUCUGAGGACGCAGAGGCCGACGUCGAGAUGCAGGUCAGAGUAGGUGGAAUGCCGGCGCAACCCUCCUCAUCUAGACCUCAGCUACAAGCACCUACGUCAAGGCCUCCAGCUAUAGAAGACGGCGAAGACGAUGAUGAAGACGAAGAAGUGGAUGACGAUGACGACGAAGACAGCAUGCCCAACGGCGUCGUGCAAGAAGCAGAGGACGACGAGGAUGAUGGCGAGAACGAAGCGGAGGACCGCCUGCUUGACGUUGAAGCGGAAGAGGCUUCUGACGAGGAUGACGAGGAAGUCGAUUCAGACGAGGAAGUAGACAGUCCGGGCGAGUCCGAAGACGACACUGAACCGUCAGUUGAUGAAAGCGAGCCAGACGUAAAGCAGCCGCAUCCCAAAAUACUCGCUCGGAAACGGUGAACGGAACAGCUGCGAAAUCGAGCUGUGCUCCAUCGUUAAGUGGUGAUCUUUGGGCGUUCAAGCGUUGGCACGCAACAAGGUUGGGUACUCGGCGAGGCGUGAAGGUGGACUGCAUUCUCUACUUUGCUCAGCGUUCAAGCGGCAGAGGACUGUACAUGAGGACAUGAGUGUGCAUGAUGUCGGAGUUUUGCUUUCCCUAACACGCCGUAUGGUCGUGCUACACGAAUAGCCAUAGCUUGUUUUGUAUGCAUAGUACAUGAGAUCGAACUUUUGAUAUUUGGCGAUGUGACCGUGUC